CUCCAACAACCAUUUUAAUGGUGUGGUAUUAAGUUGAUAUCUCACCUUCCCUUUGAUGUUGAAAUUUCUCAUCUAUACUGAUCUCAUCACUUCAAUCUCCAAAUUUCUCCUCCAUUUUUCUUUGUACUUUUUUUUCCUCUUCUAUAUACUCGCUUUUGAUCCCUCAUUUUGUGUUUGAUACAUAUAUUCACGCAAACAAAUGUUACAUCUUCUUUAAUAUAUAUAUAUUGCCGAAAAUGACUUCAUCAAACUUUGCCUAUUUCAUCCCAUUUCUUUUCCUAUCAUCAAUCUUGUUUGCUUUGCAAGUGAACUCAACAUCUAGGCAUGUUUUCAACAACCAUAAGGGCUUCAAGGUGAGCUUAAAACAUAUUGAUUCAGGUGGGAAUUUCACAAAAUUCGAGCGUUUACAACGCGCGAUGGAACGAGGGAAAUCGAGGCUUCAAAGGUUAAGCCUGGUGGCUAAUUUUGCAACUUUAUCAUCAAAAGAUGACUCAAAUGUAAAGUCAACAAUCCAUGCAGGAAAUGGUGAGUUUCUCAUGCAAAUAUCAAUUGGAAACCCAAGUGAGUCUUAUAAUGCUAUAAUGGAUACUGGAAGUGAUCUGAUUUGGACUCAAUGUAAGCCUUGUAAAGAGUGUUUUGAUCAAUCCACACCAAUUUUUGAUCCAUCAAAAUCAUCGACGUUUUCCAAAAUUUCAUGUUCUAAUAAACUUUGUGAAGCAUUGCCUAUGUCAUCUUGUGGGGAUAGUAAUUGUGAAUAUAUGUACACAUAUGGUGAUUAUUCAUCAAGUGAAGGGUAUUUAGCUAGUGAAACAUUCACUUUUGGUGAAGUUUCAAUCCCAAAUGUCGCAUUUGGAUGUGGAAAUGAGAAUGAAGGUAGUGGAUUCAGUCAAGGUGCGGGCUUAGUGGGCCUUGGGCGAGGCCCACUAUCGCUCGUCUCUCAACUCCACAUGUCUAAAUUCUCGUAUUGUCUGACCUCGAUUAACGCUGACGCUGACAGCCACAGCAGUACACUCCUGAUGGGAUCAGUAGCGCAUGAUGAUUAUUCCAAUAUCAUCACAACCUCAUUAGUGAAAAACCCAAUACAACCAUCUUUUUACUAUCUUUCCUUACAAGGAAUAUCUGUUGGGGAUACUCAAUUGUCCAUCAAGAAAUCCACAUUUGCACUCAACCAAGAUGGUAGUGGAGGAAUGAUAAUUGACUCUGGGACAACCAUAACAUACUUGGAACAAAGUGCAUUUAGUCUUCUCAAGAAAGAGUUUUCUUCACAGAUAAACCUUCCGGUGGAUGACUCAAGCUCAACUGGGCUAGAUCUUUGCUUCAAAUUGCCAUCAGACACAAACAAUAUAGAAGUUCCAAAAUUGGUAUUCCAUUUUGAAGGUGCAGACAUGGAUUUUCCUGCUGAUAAUUAUAUGAUUGCUGAUUCAAGUAUGGGAAUUGCUUGUUUGGCCAUGGGAAGUUCAAGUGGAAUGUCUAUUUUGGGAAAUGUCCAACAACAAAAUAUGAUGGUGAUUCAUGAUCUUGAUAAGGAAACAUUAUCGUUUGUACCAACACAGUGUGAUAAACUGUAGAAAGAUCAUUAUAUUUCUCAAAUUAAAGUUCAAUAUGUGGACAGUGUGGUUACAGAAUGUUACAGAAUUUGAGUGUAUACAACUUAAUUACUGUCAAUUUAUAAAUUUGUUUGUGGCUUUUUGUUUCA